CACCAGCACUACCUCAAGAGAUAAACAAACAUCCAGUUCCGCAUCUCUCUUUCAUUUCUAGAGAGUCUAUACAGAGCUUACUAUGGAAAGACCGUUUAUCGCCCAUCAUGACUGCCUCCACGUCCAAUGAGAUUUAUCUCCCCACGGAGAUCGUCGUGCAGAUUAUGUCCUAUGUCUCCGACAACUCCGAUAAACCAGCUCGCCGACAAGCAACGUUAUAUGCGUGCUGCCUUGUGUCGCGGCAAUGGUACUCUGCUGCCAUUCCCUAUCUCUACGAAAGACCCAUCCUGCGCUUCGGUUCCUCGUUCAGUCAGUUCGCAGCCACCAUCAGCCCUCCGCUUAAUGUUGCGCGCAGAAACAAGCUGAGGCUUGGGUCAUUUGUGCGCCGACUGGAUCUGAGUGGUCUCGUGCAUCACAGCUCGCCUAGCCUGACAGCCAGACUACUGGGGAAAGUCAAGGAAAGCCUGGUUGUCUUUUCUGCCCCACGUGUCUCAUUCGCAAUCAAUAGCCUCCCGGCCCUGUCCAAAUGCACACAACUCCAAAGCCUCGACCUCUUCCUCGUGGGCGAACCAUUUCCCUUCCUCGAAUUCAAGCGUUCUCUCAGCAAGCUCAGCAAGCUUACCACCCUCCGCCUCCCCCGAACCCACAACCUCACCCCUCCUGCCCCCGGAUCUACAGCUCCAUCCCCCUCGACAAUCCCCUGGCCCCCUCGCCUCCAAAACCUCCAGAUAACCGGCGACUUCACCAACAACCCUUCGCUGACCCCACACUUCACCUGGCCACCGAACCUAACGAGCCUCAUCCUCAAAAACUGCAAAGACCUCGACUCAUCCCCGCUAACCACCGUGCUCCUCACCGACCCCUCCCUCCCCACAACCCUCAAACGCCUCAAAAUUGACCCGUCGAACAAACUCUCCCUCACAUUUGUGAAUCGUCUCCCCCUUACCAUGCCGGAUCUCGACUACCUCAGCGUCCCCGGCGACACCGUCGACUUCACCUUCUUCGAGAACCUGGAUGAGCGCAUGCAGCUCCUCCGCCAGCCCCUCGCCCUCCGCACGCUGGAGCUCGACCAGCCAUGCUCAGACACCGCCGCGAGUCUAAUGUACUUCACACCGCCGACGCUCGUGCACGCGCUGCAGAACGGGCUCGCGAAUGUGCGGUCCAUAGGCAUUUCGGAUGCGUGGGAGCUGAAGGGCGGGGAAGUGGAGGAGAUCGACGCGAUGCUGCGGAGCCGGUUCUCCAAGAAGAAACAGCAGCAGCAGCCGAGGGUGAAUGGUCAUGUUGAUGCAGGGGGGAUUCCGUCUCCGCCUACAUCUGUUGACGAGGAUACCGGCGAAGGUGUCGACAACGACGAUGAUGACGACGACGACGACGUGGACGACGAUAUUGGCGUCUACUACAUAUAAAUCUACUCCACGACAUCGAUUUGCAGACGACAUUGACGAACCCUUCCCCCCCCCCCCCCC